CUCAGAAAAUCCGACAAAUCAUGCGUAUCACUCCAUCAGUAUCCAGACCUCUCUCACAGGCCAUCAAAUCCACAUCGACUAGCUCUUGGUCAAGUGGAGCAGCCGCCACUACUACUGCUAUGCGUUCUGCCGGCUGGAUGUCCAUGCCAUCCCGAAUGGCUACUCAACCAAUGCUACGGACACCAUUCUCUACUUCUUCAAGAGUGCAACAAACUGCUGAAGAAAAGAAAGAGACAGAGAACAAAGCAGCAGGUGAAGCAAUGGGUGCAAAAGACGGAAAGGCAGAAUCAGCAGGAGAAGCAAGUGAAUUGGACAAACUACAGGCAACAAUAAAAGAAAAGGAUGUCAAAAUAAAGGAACUAACGGAUGCAGUAUUGUAUGGAAAAGCCGAUUUGCAAAACGCACAAAGACGUGCUCAAGAGGAAAAGUCACAAGCAGGUGACUAUGCUAUCACAAAGUUUGCAAGAGAUCUCACCUCAUCUCUUGAUAUUCUCAAUUUGGCCUUACGUUCUGUACCUGAGCCUCUACGCAAGGCACCUGAAGAUGCAAAAUCGUUGGAUGAUCCAAGAAGAGCCAUUUCUGAGCUAUACAGCGGAGUGGAAUUAACUUCAAAAUCGAUUUUGGAUAUGUUGAAAUUACACGGUGUGACCGUAUUUGAUCCUACUGGAGAGAAAUUCAACCCUCAAGAGCAUGAAGCUAUGUUCCAAGCACCCGUACCCGGCAAAGAGCCAGGAACAGUUUUGGAAUGUUCAAAGGUUGGUUUCCGUAUCAAGGACCGAGUUUUGCGUGCGGCUCAAGUGGGAGUCGUUCAAGAAACCUCAUAGAUGUAAAUGCUUGAUCAUAUAAUUGUACUAUCAUAAAACACUGUCAUUCAUAUCUUUUGUCUACAUGCAAUCUUUAUCACCACUUCCAGCAAAAGAUGUUAAUUUUGUGACAUGCUUAGAGCUUAUUCUCUUGCAGCGGU